AUGAGUGACGAUAGUUUUUUAGCUACGUUAGACCAAUUUGUAAAAAUAACCAAUCAAAUCAUUAAAAAAUUAAAAACGGAAUUAGAUUGGAUUAAUGACCAUCGUGCAAGAUGCAAUGUUGCUAAGACAGUGGGCACUGCCGCAUCAGUAGGCGGCGGGGCUGUUCUUUUAGGUUCACUUGUUUUGGCUCCUUUCACAGGUGGUGCCUCAAUCGUAGCUGCAAGUGGUUACGGCCUUUUAGCAAGUACAGCAGGAGCUGCCGUAAAUCUCACAACUGAUAUAACUGAUAUAAUAACCACAAAAAUAGAAAACAGUCAAAUCGAAAGUAUCUGCAGCCAGAGAAAUGAUGUAGCCGUUCGUUUGAAGAAACAUUUUGAUGAACUUGAACGUGUGGCCAUGGAACUAAUAGGAUUAAAUGUGGAAGAAUCAGAAGCUUAUGCUUUGUCACUAAAAAACUUGGUUUUAAAAGCUAAUAGUAUCAGAUCAUCUGCUGCAAGUAUAUUACAGCUAAGCAAAUGUGCACAACUGGCGAGUGGAACCUCUAGCAUGCUUUUACGCAAUGGAGGUACUUUUUGGAAGGGUAUGAGACUGCAAUCUGAAACAUUAAUGAAAAUACUCGGUUAUUUUGGUUUUAAUGUGGGAAAAACUGGAGCCAUGGCUGUUAUUAGAUCAAGUACAGCAAUGCUCAGUGGAGUUUUUGCAAUCUACGAUGUUUACUCGUUAAUAAACAGCAUUAAAAAUAAUCAUCCAACUGCAGAAGCUAUUUCUGGAAUGAUAACACAAAUGGACGAAGAACUAAAAAAAAUGAUUGAAUUGAGAAAAAUAGCUAUUGAAAUUGGGAAAUGA